AUGAAUUUAUCUGUCGCAGCAUCGCUUCUAUUUGGCGCGGACGAGGUGCUGAUCCGAGGGUUCGAAACGAUUGCCGGUCUCCCCGCGAUUACAGAUGACGACUAUACAGAACAAAACAUCCGUAUUUUUAAGGCUUUUUUUGGUCCAACCCCCAGCACUAUCUGUUUUGUCUGGCAAGAUAUUCUGCAGUCGAAGAACGAAGAAUUGGGGCUCCACCCAUCAGAUAAGAGCGAGAAGGGGUUCAAGCGAUUGCUCAUCGCACUCCACUUCCUUUGGGCGUAUCCCAAAAAUGCCAUCAUUCUCGCCAACACAACUGGGACAAGCGAAAGAAUGGUCCAAGGCGAGUUUCUCUGGC